GGCUGGGGAGCCGCGCUAGGACCCGAGGAGGAAGCGCCGCGGCUCGGACGGGCCUCCACCCGGUGCUGCCCCAGCGGCGGCCGAGCGGCUGCUGAUGGAAGUGCAGCGCCGGGGCCGCAUGCACGGAGCUGCCGGGGCGGCGGCGCCGCGAGCAGGAUGCGGCCGCCCGUAAUUAAAUAGCACUUACUCUUAUUAUUACUAAUAAUAAUAACGUAAUCAUACCUCUAGUCAUAGCAUACCACUUAUCGGGCUCGGCGCGGGCCCGCGGGGAGCGCAGCCGGAGAGACUGAUGGAGAGGCAGAGACGGAAGGCGGACAUCGAGAAGGGGCUGCAGUUCAUUCAGUCGACCCUACCCCUAAAGCAAGAAGAAUAUGAGGCCUUUCUGCUCAAGCUGGUGCAGAACCUGUUUGCUGAGGGCAAUGACCUGUUCCGGGAGAAGGACCACAAGCAGGCCCUGGUGCAAUACAUGGAGGGGCUGAACGUGGCCGAAUACGCCGCCUCUGACCAGGUGGACCUGCCCCGGGAGCUGCUGUGCAAGCUGCAUGUCAACAGAGCCGCCUGCUACUUCACCAUGGGCCUGUAUGAGAAGGCGCUGGAGGACAGCGAGAAGGCGCUGAGCCUGGACGCCGAGAACAUCCGGGCGCUGUUCCGCAAGGCGCGCGCCCUCAACGAGCUGGGACGCCACAAGGAGGCCUAUGAGUGCAGCAGCCGCUGCUCGCUCGCCCUGCCCCACGAUGAGAGCGUCACCCAGCUCGGUCAGGAGCUGGCUCAGAAGCUGGGGCUGCGAGUUCGGAAGGCGUAUAAGAGGCCCCAGGAAUUGGAAACCUUUUCUCUGCUCAGUAACGGCACUGCGGCUGGUGCGGCAGAUCAGGGAACUUCCAAUGGACUGGGGUCCAUCGAUGACAUCGAGACAGACUGCUACGUGGACCUGCGAGGCUCCCCGGCCCUCCUCCCCUCGACCCCCACGAUGCCCCUGUUCCCCCACGUUCUGGACCUGCUGGCGCCCCUGGACAGCAGCAGCAGGGCGCUGCCCAGCACCGAGGGCCUGGACGACUUCUCCGACGGGGACGUCUUUGGUCCUGAGCUGGACACCCUCCUGGACUCACUGUCCCUGGUCCAGAGCGGCCUGCCUGGCAGCGGUGUGCCCAGCGAGCUGCCCCAGCUGAUACCCGUGUUCCCCGGCGGGACCCCGCUGCUGCCACCCGUGGUGGGGGGGUCCAUCCCCGUCUCCAGCCCACUGCCCCCCGCCUCCUUUGGCCUGGUCAUGGACCCCUCCAAGAAGCUGGCUGCCUCUGUGCUGGAUGCCCUCGAGCCCCCGGGCUCUGCCUUGGACUCCCUGGACCUGCUGCCCUACUCAGAGACCCGCCUGGACGCCUUGGACAGCUUUGGGUCAACCCGGGGCUCCCUGGACAAGCCCAGCGCCUUCCUGGAGGAUCCCAGCUCACAGGACCAUCGUCCCCCCAGCGGCACUCAGAAGCCAGCCCCCUCGCCAGAGCCCUCCAUGCCCAACACCGCCUUGCUCAUCAAGAACCCCUUGGCUGCCACCCACGAGUUCAAGCAGGCCUGCCAGCUCUGCUACCCCAAAACAGGCCCCCGGGCAGGCGACUACACCUACCGCGAGGGCCUGGAGCACAAGUGCAAGCGGGACCUGCUGCUCGGCCGGCUCCGGAGCUCCGAGGACCAGACCUGGAAGCGGAUCCGGCCCCGGCCCACCAAGACCAGCUUCGUGGGCUCCUACUACCUGUGCAAAGACAUGAUUAACAAGCAGGACUGUAAGUACGGGGAUAACUGCACCUUCGCCUACCAUCAGGAGGAGAUCGACGUGUGGACCGAGGAGCGCAAGGGCACCCUCAACCGCGACCUGCUCUUCGACCCGCUGGGGGGCGUCAAGCGCGGCAGCCUCACCAUCGCCAAGCUCCUCAAGGAGCACCAGGGCAUCUUCACGUUCCUCUGCGAGAUCUGCUUUGACAGUAAACCCCGGAUCAUCAGCAAGGGCACGAAGGACUCUCCCUCUGUCUGCUCCAACCUGGCUGCCAAGCACAGCUUCUAUAACAACAAGUGCCUGGUGCACAUCGUCCGCUCCACCUCCCUCAAGUACUCCAAGAUCCGCCAGUUCCAGGAGCACUUCCAGUUCGACGUGUGCCGCCACGAGGUGCGCUACGGCUGCCUGCGGGAGGACAGCUGCCACUUCGCCCACAGCUUCAUCGAGCUCAAAGUCUGGCUGCUGCAGCAGUACUCAGGCAUGACCCACGAAGACAUCGUCCAGGAAUCCAAGAAAUACUGGCAGCAGAUGGAGGCCCACGCGGGGAAGGCCAGCAGCGGCUUGGGUGCCCCGCGGACACAUGGGCCCAGCACCUUUGACCUGCAGAUGAAGUUCGUGUGUGGCCAGUGCUGGAGGAACGGGCAGGUGGUGGAGCCUGACAAAGACCUCAAGUACUGCAGUGCCAAAGCCCGGCACUGCUGGACCAAGGAGCGGCGGGUCCUUCUGGUGAUGUCCAAGGCCAAGAGGAAAUGGGUGUCAGUGAGGCCACUGCCGUCCAUUCGCAACUUCCCACAGCAAUACGACCUCUGCAUCCACGCGCAGAACGGCCGCAAGUGCCAGUACGUGGGGAACUGCUCCUUCGCACACAGCCCGGAGGAGAGGGACAUGUGGACGUUCAUGAAGGAGAACAAGAUCCUGGACAUGCAGCAGACCUACGACAUGUGGCUGAAGAAGCACAACCCAGGGAAGCCGGGGGAAGGCACCCCCAUCAGCUCCCGGGAAGGGGAGAAGCAGAUCCAGAUGCCCACGGACUACGCCGACAUCAUGAUGGGCUACCACUGCUGGCUCUGCGGCAAGAACAGCAACAGCAAGAAGCAGUGGCAGCAGCACAUCCAGUCCGAGAAGCACAAGGAGAAGGUCUUCACGUCCGACAGCGAUGCCAGCGGCUGGGCCUACCGCUUCCCCAUGGGCGAGUUUCGGCUCUGCGACAGGCUCCAGAAGGGCAAGGCCUGCCCGGACGGGGACAAGUGCCGCUGCGCCCACGGGCAGGAGGAGCUCAACGAGUGGCUGGACCGGCGCGAGGUGCUGAAGCAGAAGCUGGCCAAGGCCCGCAAGGACAUGCUUCUGUGUCCGCGGGACGACGACUUUGGCAAAUACAACUUCCUGCUGCAAGAGGACAGCACUGCUGGUGCCGCCCCCGAAGCCCCUGCUGCCGCCACGGUCCCCGGGGAGUAGGCAGGUCUUGCUUGCGGGUGAAGUCCUAGGGUCAUGGGUGUGGAUGGGAACAGAAGGCCUGGCAGAAGGGCCGGGGCAGCCUGGGGGUGGGGUGGGGGGGCGCCCUCAUCAGGCAGCCCCUGGCCCUGGAGGCCCUUCCCAUCCCAUCUGCACCCACUACCCAGUGUGCAAGCCAGGUGCACAUGCUGCGGCCUCAAGGGGUCCCAGGGUCCUCAUCCUGCUGGAGCCCUGGGCAGCCCCCUGCCCCCAGCCCCAGCGCCCCUGGUUGGACCCUUCCAGCUUCAGCUACAGCUUUAACUUCUGUCUGCUCCUAAGGGGGGCCUGAAGCUCAGGGCUGGGGAGCCUGGGGUCCCCACUUGAAUCUGCAGCAAGGAGGGUCCUCUCUACCCACCUUCAUUCCACCCCCACCUCCCUGGGGACAGAUCAGGACAUAACAGAGGGUAGGAGGCCCCAAUUAGCUUUAAGAUGCAGCCCCAGAAUGGAGCUGGGACACGGUAUUGGUCACUUACCCUCUGGGGCCUCAAUUUUCCCUCCGGUUGGAAGAGUGGGAGGGACUGGGCUAGAUGAUCUCUGGGGUCUGGCCCUUUAGUGAGGCCGCCAGCCCAGCCCCUCUCAUUCUUGAGCCAUUGAAUGUAGAUUGUAGAUCCUCAGAGCCUUUGGUGAUGACCCAGCCCAAAGCCCCCAUUCUACAGAUAGGAAAACUGAGGCCUAAAGGGAAGGAGUGAUCUACACAGGGUCUCCAUCCCACGGCAUGAGGUAGACCUGGGGUGCAAACUGGUCAGGAGACUCAGGGCCCGUCAUUAGGUAUGUGACCGCCUCUGGAUCAGUGUGCAGCUGGGGUCCCAGGCAGCGCCACCCAGCGGCUGGGGAAGGAAGCUCAGGGGUUUGGUCUUGUCAGCACGGAGGAGGGGGAGUCCUCCCCUGAGGAUGGUUGUGGGGAGCGUCCAGCAAAGUUCUCUUCCCACACCACUCAGGGACCGGUGGGGGGGCAGGGAAUGAGGUACUGAGGCGAGGGGCUGCUGAGAGAAGGGAGACAUGACCCUGGGGCAUCAUGGGCCAUUCUGGGACCAGACACAGCCCCUCUUUUUGGGGGACCCAUCAUGGUCCUUUCCCCCUUCUCCCUUAGACCCAGAAGUACAAUUAUGACUGUCUGUCCUGGCCGCUCCCUGCUCCCUGGCUCUGCCAGCUGCCUAGGACCCCAGCUGACCCCCCAGCCCCUGCUCCCACCCACCAAGCCCCUCUCCUGCCCUCGUGUAGCCUAAUGUCUGUGUGCACCCUCUGGUCUCCAUCCUACCCCCUGUGUGCAGUCCCAGUCUCCCCUGGUUCCCUAGACAUUCCAGAAUGCCCCACACCAUUGGCACAGAAGUGGGGCUCCCCCAGAAGGAACCAGGGACCAAGGCUGGGGUCGGGGGUGAGACGGAGAGUAUAGCGCGCCCCUUACUUCUCCCCAAGCAAGGAUUGACAGUGUGUGAUGAUACGAUGACGGGCAUCCAGGCUGCAGAGAAGCCUGUUUCUCUUGCCACCACUGCCCACCCUUUCCCCAAUAAUUGAGGCAUGCAUCCCUCCCUCCCCCUGCCCCUCCCCCCCGCAGGCCAGCACUGCAGAGUGUGGGUGCUGGUGGCGUGGCUGGAGGGCAGGAGAGACCACACCCAGUGUGGGGGCCGUGGCCAUGAAAUGUCAAUGACACUUGUUUUCCCUGAUCCGUGGUGUUGCCGUCUGUUGUCACCAGCCUUGUUUUUAGUGUGUAUAUAUGUCGCCCCCGUGAUGCAUAUAUACACAGGUAUUAAAUAUAUCGCUCUAUAUAAUAUUAUAUACGUGUGUGGUAUCCGACGAAUCACUUCUAUUGAGGGCUAACGAUAAAGAAUUUGGCCAGAAAAUGCAGCCACCCUGGUGUAAUGUGGAGAGGUUUUCAAGGUCGUCAGGCCAUUUCCGGGGAUUCAGGGACUAGGGCCAGGGCCAGAGUGGACUGGGCAGCAGGGACAGAGGUGGCUUUGCUGGGGCCCAGCUCUGCUGACGGCUUCAGCGCCCCCUCCUGGGCAGAGAGCAGGAGUGCACCCCGUUUUCGUCCCAGGGCCUCCGGAUCCGGGCCUUCCUGGCCUGGCGGAGCUGUAUCCCUCGCAGGAGGCAGGAAGGGGUGGGGAGGGAAGCGGGAGUGCACUCGGAAUGAUGAGGGCGAUGUUUUCAGUUGUGACCCUGACUGGGAGGCUCAGAGAGGGGAACCAGGGCCUGUGCCCACCGCCAUCAGGCAGGGACCAGAGGUCGUGCAGCGUGGUGACGGGGCAGGCGCCCUUGAUGGGAGUGUCCCUUUGGGGCGGGACAGCCAGGGAUGCUGCAUUUCUCAGCUGGGCAGGAAUCAAUCCAAUGGUCCUUUUAAAAUGUGUAUUACAAUUUUAAGAAUACCACACUUUAAUAUUAAAUAUUCAUAAGGUCUAGUAUCUUGAUAAUAAUGUAGAUGUUUUAAUAACAACUUUUGUCCUUCUUAAAAUAAAAUGAAAGAAACUCG